CGGGACUAAGUGGAUCGCGAUGGAUAUGAAAGAAGAAGACGAUGGUGCGAACGAAAGUAGCAGGCAACUGUUUUUGGUGGGUGCACCGCGUGAUCCAUUGGUAUCAGCUGGGGCGAUCGUUGCUUCUGCUGGAGCACCAGACGAGAUCAACCCCGGAGGAGAUCUACAGUCGACUGCUCUGGCUAGUCUGAUAGGCGCGCAAUCUUCCUCGGUUUGCUUUCCUACAAAAUUCUCUUACGAUUUCUCAUCAAGUCCGGGAAGCGAGGACCGACAACCGUCCGGAGUUGGUAAACGAAAGCAGCGUAGAUACCGCACCACAUUCACCAAUUUCCAGUUGGAGGAGUUGGAAAGAGCCUUUCAGAAAACACAUUAUCCUGAUGUAUUCUUUCGAGAAGAACUUGCACUUCGUAUCCAAUUGACAGAGGCCAGAGUGCAGGUAUGGUUUCAAAACAGAAGAGCAAAAUGGAGAAAACAGGAAAAACAGUGUAAAGUAACCACUCACUUGACGUCGCAUUUGCCACCUUCCGACUGCCAGGAAGUUCAGCAACAACAACAACAACAGCAAUCGGAUCAUUUACUGUUAGAACCACCAUUGGGUAGUCCGCCACCUAUAUAUCUUGGCAUGGAAUGGGCUGGUUUUUCACCAUACAGUAAUACAGCCACUGCGUCGCCUCUCGUGGUCAAUAGUAUGAACAAACCAUUGGAAUUGGAGACAGAUGAUAAUCCUUUGUUGGAUCCAGAGCUGUUGCAACUAAAAACUUCACGUUCCUAAUGAUAC